GUGUGUCCGUAGAAUCUAAGGAGAAAGAUGGCUGCGGGACGAAGGGAGAGGUUGACAAAUCUCAGAUUCGCUGUUUGAGAACAGACAGUUUACGGCGGUGGACGAAGCGGAAAACUGACCUCACCUGUGUGUGUGUGGAGGAGUCUAUGUCUCGGUAUGGAGUAUAGUGCCAAUUGCAGACUGGAUGACAGGGAGUGCCAACAAGCCUCACAUGCUCACACACUGAUCACUGGUGUACAGUGACUGUUGCUGGAGCCAUCAGCAAGAUUCCUUAUUUUCUAUGUUCUUACCUCAUUAAUUUCUUCUGUCAGGACUCUCUGUCUCUUGUUUUUGGACGCUUAUUGAGACUUCCCCUACCCCUUUUCCCUCUUCUCUGCCUUUCAUCUCCUAUCCCAUCUCUUCCCCCUUUAUUCUUUCCCUCUUUCCUGUUGACCUCUUGAUUGAAUUUUGAUCUACUUGUGAGCUAAAAUGAGUUGGCUAAGUCGUUUAAAUCCGAGGGCUCAGGGCACUCGGACCAGUCGACAUGCAGCCCUGUCCAGCCCAUGCACUGCUGACCCUGAGACUUGUCUUAUGGUGUUUCAGAACCACUGGAGACAGGUGUCAGGGGUGUUGAAACAGAGGGAGUGCUCAGUGGGAGGUAGCACCGAUGAUCUCACAGCAGUUCGCAAUCACACAGAUCAGAUGCUGUGCCUGCUAGCUGAAGAGAGACCAGCAGAGGGAGACAGUGAAUCACCAGCAAUGGGUCCUAUUCUGGAGAUGGUGGAGGCAGAAAACAUAUUGGAGGCGUUGGUACAGUGGCAUGUGUGCCGUGGCCUUGAUCCAGACAGCCAGUUGGAGCUGUUGAAGCUGUUUGAGAUGCUGAUUGGACAGUCCCAUCAGCCUCUGCUUCUGCACAGUGCAGUGCUGCAGCCGCUGCUCAGCCUACUGGGAGCUUGUAUGGACCCCCAGCUAGGCUGCCCUCCUGCCCUGGAGUCCAGCCUCGUACUGCUACUAAAUCAGGUAUGUGUGUCCAUGGCAAAGCAGACUGCAGUUUUGGAGUCGUUAUUUAGGUGUGGGUCGGUACAGCAGGGUCCCACUAACCUGCUGAUCUUCUCCCUUUUGGUACCAUUUAUCCAUCGAGACGGAGCUCUGGGGCAACAGGCACGUGACGCGCUGCUUCUCGUCAUGGCAACAUCUGCCAGCAACCACACUGUUGCACGCCACAUCACAGAGAACUCCUACUUCUGCCCAGUGCUGGCGACAGGGUUGAGUGGGCUAUAUUCAACCUUGCCAAGGAAGAUUGAGGUACGGGGUGACGACUGGCAUGCUCUGCGUCGAGAGGACUGGAUUGGUGUCUCCUCACUAGUGCUGUUCAUGAACAGUCUUGAAUUUUGCAACGCUGUAGUACAGGUAGCACACCCUCUUGUGCGCUGCCAACUCCUUGACUACCUUCACAACGGCUUCCUGGUGCCAGUCAUGGGUCCUGCUCUGCACAAGUCGUCGGUGGAUGAGAUGAUAGCAAGUACGGCAUAUCUGGACUUGUUUCUACGCAGUAUCACAGAAACUUCCCUUCUUAAGACCUUCCUGCGCUUUAUUCUGUUGCAUCGCCAUGACAAUGACACAAUCCUCGACACACUACUCACGCGCAUCAGCAGCAAUUCACGGCUGUGCAUGGUCUCCCUCAGUCUGUUCAUGACAUUGCUCAGUCUCAACUGUGAAGACCUCAUGCUCCAGCUUGUACUCAGGUAUCUGUUGCCAUGUACACAUGUAAUGCUGAGUCAGCGGAGGGCGGUUAGAGAAACGGACCUCUAUGGCAAAUCAGCUGACAAGUUCCUUUCCCUCAUACCAGAAUGCUGCAGAAUCACUGCAACGCCCUUUAGUGAACGGGAUGAGGAACCUGCCUUUUGGGGCAAGGUGUUGGGUAGUCCCACUACAGAGUCACCAGUUCACCCCAGACCCAGCACUCCAUCCCGCCUAGCUCUCUUUAUUCGACAGCAAAGCUCGGGAGUCCCAGCCAACACCUCUUCAUCUGGCUCUGAGGACACCCCCUCUUCUCCUCGCGGAAGUAUUUCAUCCCCUCUGUCUCCUGACAGCCCCAUGCACCAACUCUUAGAUGCUUCAGAGGGGGAGACUGGCUACCUAGAGUAUCUGCAUGAUGCUCGGAGAGGCAUUGAACUCUGCUCCUGGGCCUGUCGAGACUGGUCAGCUCCUUAUGAUGGAGAAAAUCCCUCUCCAAACUCAGCUCCUCCGCCACCUCCCCCUCCUACGUCCAACCCCUCCCUCAAUAUGGUGCAAGAGCAUUUCUCCCUAACAGACGCCUCCCAGCAGAGGGCAGCAGUGGUGGCUACAGCACAUGCUGAAUGGAGUAGCUCAGAACGAGACAGUGGUGAGUGGGAUGUUACCAUCAACAAAAACUGCAUCAGCCUCACACCCCGCAGCAAGAAACGCAGCCUUCUCCCCAGCUCUAAACCCCUACAGUCUUCAUCGUCUUCCUCAUCAGCCUCUACAGAGAAAACAGGUGCUAUGGAAACUGUAUCCCAGCACUCCUAUUCUGCAUCUCAUCCAGCACUCUAUAAUGGGACAGGGCAGGUGGAGUUUGCAGACACUGUGGAUGAGAGAAUGAAGGUUAAGAAGGUAAAGAGAGAGACUGACAUAAAUAGUGAAGUGGUAGAAUCGGGGCAGAACGGAUCGGUGGUUAUGGGCCCAAUUGACGCCAGUCUUCCCUACAGUGAUUUUCAUAUAGGAUCGAAACUAAAAUCAUCUCAAGUGCAAAUGAACCCGCAACUGCAAACAACCCUGCCCUCCUCUUCACAAGAGUGUUUACAAAGUGAUGGACAGGGAUCUUCUGUUCCUGGCUUGUUGGAGACCUCCUCAGUGACCAGUGACAGGAGGGGCCCUGAGUCUUUUGAGUGUCUGAUUGAGGAGUUACUGGAGCGGGCACCAUCAUUGUCUGGUGAUUUGAAAUGCCAGGGCAUCAGCAUUGAGGCUUUUCAUCAGGAGCUAAGGGAGCUGGAAGAACGUGUAAGAGAGCGGAAGGUUCUUUCACACAGCUUGGAGGAGUCCUGUUCCAGCCUGACAGAUGAAGACUGUCUUCCAGUGGAGAUUGAGCAGCAGUCCAGUGAACCCAAGCCUGAUAACUCUACAACUGGGGUAUUUAGCCCCGCUCGACCCCUUGGACAACCUCUUGCUCAACCGUACACAGGUCCAUUUAUAACAGUCCUGUUCAGUAAACUGGAGAAUAUGAUGCAGAACUCCCUGUAUGUGAACAUUUUACUGACGGGUGUUGUGUUCCAGCUGGCCUGUUACCCACAGCCUCUUGUCCGCUCUUUCCUCCUCAACACCAACAUGGUGUUUCAGCCCAGUAUUAAGUCACUUAUACAGGUGCUGGGAUCAGUAAAAAAUCGCAUUGAGGUGUUUGCAGCAGCACAUGAGGAUUUCCCUGCCAUGUUAAGAAAAGCUCGCCGCUUUCUGGUUGCAAGAGGAAAGUUAGACUGGACAGACUCACCCAUGGGAGCUCCCAACCUCCGUCGGUCAGACUCAUCAAUUAAAAGUCGUAAGCCAUCUCUAGGUGAUCUUAUCCUGAGGCACACCAACAGUCCUACAAGAGCUCGGCAUGCAGCACAGUUGGCCCUGGCCCAUGUGAGGGAUGGAGGGCAAUCUCUGCAUAGUGCUUUGUUCCGGGGUGGCACAGGUGGUGGGGCCUCUGGCCUAGAGAAGCAGGCAGAAGCACUAAGGGUAAAAAAUGCAGUCUACUGUGCUGUCAUUUUCUCAGAAUUUCUCAAAGAGCUGGCAGCUCUUGCACAGGAGCAUGCGGUUGCCUUGCCCUUUCCACCCAGUCAAGGCACUGAGGAAUAACUAAAACCAGACCAGUUGUUUCCUCUAUACCUGCUUUAUCCACUGUUCCAGGCACUGAGCUGUAGACUAAUAGCCUGAGAUUUUUUUCAAACAGAUACAUUUUAGUUUUUUUCUUCAAGGAAAUGUAGGCUUGCAAAGUACAAUUGUGCACUCAAAGAGAGGAAAAAUCAAAAGUGGAGAGAUGCCAUUUCUUGUUAAUAAUCUCAUGUUCAUAAUGUAAUUUUUUUUAAUUGUAAAGGACCAUUUAUCCAUUAAGCUUUAGGAAAUUGUUCUUAUAAAUCUUGUAUAUAGUCUAUAUAGAAAAUCUAUGUGUAUAAUGAUUUUGUACUCUUAGAGAGACUUGCAUCCUUUCAGCUGGAGGUAUUUGGCUGUAAACUUGCACUCCCUACUUUUCUAUGUAAUUUCAGAGACUAGUUAAAGUAGACUCAAUACACACAGUUCUUUUAAACUUUUUUGGGUGUGGAAGUGCCAUUUUUUUUUUUUUUUUUUUUUUUUUAAGCAAUGUUGGAAACUUAUUUUGUCUAUUAUAGAAAAAUGGGUUUGUAAGAUCACACCAAAAUAGCUUGCAAAGAAUCACCUGGCAUUUUUAAAGGAUAAAAUGUCCGAAGAUCCAUCAAGUGCACAAAUGACAAAAUACUGAUUUUCAAUCUCUAGCACACCCUUUUCUCCAGCUAGAGUAAAGUUGGAGUCAGUAAAGCAGGAGGAAGGUUCAAAAUGAUUUCCCUAGCCUACUCCCUAAGAAAAGCCAAAAAGGAAAAAAUAUUGACAAUUGAUUCACAGUUUGUGUUUAGAAAGUUUAAUUUCUUUUUGUUGUCCCAGCUCAUUACAUAUCAUGGUCUGGUGUAAGAGUGUUGGCCAUGUUGGGGGAAUAAUAAUAAUGGUACACUCACCCAGCAUGGCAUUAGAGAUCCUCUUCAGUUUCUUGAAAGAGGUUUAUUAGCCUGCCCACAAAGGUCUCCUCCUAAACUGGAUGUUAGCAUUGUCAGGGCUUCACUCUUGGUAACUGACUGGGUGCUAAUGUCUUAAUAUGUGAAUGGUAUGUGCAAAGGGAAGUUUGGUUAGUGAUUGCCUGUCCCUUUUAAGGAGUUAGCCAAGUUGUGUGAAGCCAUCAUAAGCCAUCUUAGUGUUAGAACGUAUGUUGUUGUUUUUUUUACAUUUACUUUACAUUUCUUAAUUUGCUUGUGGUAUUGAGUAUGAUCAGUGAGAUCAGCCAUAAUGUGUGCAUAGUGAACAACAGCCAGUUUCACUUUUAUGUUGGUUUUAAGUUGUUUAUUGCCAAAACACUUGACACUUUAAUGCUCGGAAUGGAAGAUCAUACAUGCGUUUUGUGAGCUCUUUUUUUUUAACAUUACAGUAUUGUUUUUCUCCCUUUUUGAAGAUGCAUGUCUUGAGAAACAUUUAAAUUAUAUUGAGAGAAAUGUUAAUUUAAAAAUCAUCCAUCCAGGAUCUCUGUUAUCACAUACAAGCCAUAAGCUUAUUACAUCACUUACAACAUUUUUGUUAGUUUCAAGCAGUGUUUUUGCUGCUUCAGUUGUUUAAUUUUGUUUAAAUUUGUUUAAUUGAAUUAUUUCAAGGUGGGAAAAAAAUCAACUUUUUUCAUGGUUUCCUCAAGCUGCUAAUUCAUCAACCCCCACCACCAAUCUACCCAUCCAUUCCUGUCCUUCAUGGUCUGUGCAGGAAAUUAGUUGAUUAGAUCUCUUUAGUUUCUACCUGAGAUGUUUAGCACUUAAAUUCCAUUGAGAGUAAUGUGAGACAAUGUUAGUGUGUGGGGGGAAAAUCAAGCUUAAAUUAGGCAUCCUUGAAGCAUGUUAAAAAUACACUCUAUUAUGAGAGAACAGGCAAAGAGCUAGAGGUUCAAUGAUACGGUACAUAGAUAUUAGUGUUUAGUCAUCUCAUGGAUAACACUGUUUCUAAAUUAGAAAUCAAAUAUACACUUUGUGUGUUUGUUAUUAGAUACCAAUGCACAAAACAUGCCCAUUGUUUUGAGGAUGUUAUUGUACGCCUGAUUUGGUGCAGAUAGCAUGUUUUUCUUUUUAUAUAUGAACUUGAUUUAAGUGUUUUAUAUGAUUUUGAAAAAUCAAGAGCUCAUUGAUUGUGUUUGUUUGUUAGAGGAAAGUAAUUUUUUGAUGCAUCAAUAUGCAUUGAAUUUUUAAGUUGUUGAUUUUCUGUUUUUCUGUAACCUAAUGUGUUAGAAUGGCAUGUUAAUAUUGGGAAGGACUUCUGCUGCUUGUUAUCUAUGCAAAGUGGUUUCAGUUCGUUUGGAUAAGCAAAGAUGGUUAAACAUGGGGAAUAUACACAACUAAAUUGCAAUCUGGAACACCACUUCAAUGAUCAUCCGAUCCCUUCAAUAAUCUUCUGGACUGUAUGGAAACUCAUGCAAAAUGAUGAAUGUUAUCAAAAAUAUUUUUCUAUAUUUAAAAUGGAGAAGAAAAGUGGAACUGAAUGGAGAACUGAAUCAACAGUUAAACCUUCAGAGAGAGAAAAAAAACACUAAAAGGGAAUGUUUUUAUUCAUUUAAAAAUGUUUAAACCUGGCAAUACCUCUGGCUUCUUGGUCUUUAUUUCUGAAGUGUUUGAAAAUUAUGGGUACUAUGUUAAUUAUGUUCUGACAAGAUGUGGUUUAUUUGAAUUGAUUUAAAGACUUUGGACAUAAUGUAUGUGAAAUGCGAACAAAAUUAUCUCCUGAAUACA